AUGAAAACUUCUCGUCUCUUUGCAAACCUCCCGCCUCUUUGCCCACUUCCUGCCUCUUUGCAAACCUCUCGCCUCUUUUCAAACACCACGUCACCUUGCAAACCACUCGGCUUUUUGCAAACCUUUUUUCUCUUUUCCCACCACCUGUCUAUUUGCAAACCAUCAGUCUCUUUGCUCACCUUCCGCCUCUUUGAAAAUCUUUCGUUUCCUUGCCGUUCUCUCGUCUCUUUGUCGACCUCACGUCUGUUUGCAAACCUCUCAGCUUUUUGCAAACCUCCCGUCUCUUUGCAAACCUCUUGUCUCUUUUCUCAACUUCCGUCUCUUUGCAAACCUUUCAAUUCCUUGCCGACCUAUCGACUCUUUGCCAGCCUCCCAUCUCUUUGCGGUCUUCCCGUCUCUUUGCAAACCACUCGUCACUUUGCAAACCUCCCGUCUCUUUGCAAACCUCUCGUCUCUUUGCUCGCCUUCCGUCUCUUUGCAAAACUUUCCUUUGCUUGCCGCCCUCUCGUCUUCCCGCCGUUUCUUUACAAACCCAUCGUCUCUUCGCAAACUUCUCGUCUCUUCGCGCGCCACCUGACUAUUUACAAAUCUCUAGUCUCUUUGCAAACCUCUCGUCUCUUCCCUGCCCUCCAUUAG